GCACCGCACUCUCUCCACCCAACCACCCCGCUUUGUGAUUCGCUAUUGACAGCUCUACGCAAAAUCACGCGGAAAUUUUAAGAGGAAUCGAGAAAGUAGCCAAAGGGUUUUCGCUUCUUUAGGGUUUCUAAUUUUCGUUAGCUCCUACUUGUGAUCGCAUGGAUAACACCACAAUGCAAGGUUGUAUGCUCGCAUUUACGGAUGAUGCACGCUUGUCAAUCACUGCUAUUUAUACUGCAUAUGCUGAGCUUGGUAUUAUAGGGGCUGAACAAGGCUGUGAUCCUCAAAUUAUCACUCAAGCGUCUUCUUUGAAUCAGCUACCUGUGGAGACUUCCUCUCUAGAUUAUGUUAUUUGUAUCUGUGGAUCAGCCGAAUUUCCCAGCGAUCGGUUGUUUGAGGAAGUCUCUAGAGUGUUGAAGCCUGCUGGCACAAUCUUAAUUCAUGGCACUUCUCAGUCUGUGACAGGUGAAAUAGACAAGACAACCUCUACUCUUCAGCGCAAGUUACUUUUGGUGGGGUUCUUAGAAGUAGAAUUUCUUGAAGAAAAAUCAAUGGUCAAGGCUAAGAAGCCUUCGUGGAAGAUUGGUUCCUCAUUUGCCAUCAAGAAGGCCACACAAAGUUCACCUAAAGUCCAGAUCGAUGAUGAUUUGGACCUGAUAGAUGAAGAUAGCCUAUUAAGUGAAGAAGACUUGAAGAAACCACAAAUACCACUGGUUGAUGAUUGUGAAGUUGGAAGCACGAGGAAAGCUUGCAAAAACUGCACGUGUGGGAGGGCUGAAGUAGAGGAAAAAGUACAGAUACAACCGACUGUGGAGCAAAUCAAUAUUCCUCAAUCAGCUUGUGGCAGUUGUGGACUAGGGGAUGCUUUUCGGUGCAGUACAUGCCCUUACAAGGGUCUUCCGCCAUUCAAACUGGGCGAGAAGGUAUCACUAUCUGGGAACUUCCUUGCAGCAGACAUAUAAAGAUGACAAGGUUCAUGUUCCUGGCAGUGGUUCUAUCAUUCUUUAACUGCCCAAAAACUCUAGAUGUUGAGAUUCUGUCUCUUGUUUGGUUUUGAACUUUUGGAUGGUUUAAGUCCAGAGUAGACAAAUACACUUUAAACCAAAUUAAGUACCUGUGGUUUAGGUAA